AUGGCAUCAGAAUUCACUAUAUUGAACCGAGAGUUUUGGAUGCCUGAUUAUUCAGGUAAAACUUGCUUUAAGUGCGAAAAGCCGUUUAACGCUGUAAGAAGGAGACACCAUUGCAGAUAUUGUGGCUUGAUUUUUUGUGCAAACUGCUCAUCUCCAAAAAAGCAGUUGGAAAAUGGGAAUUGAAUCUACAGGUCAUGUGAGAAAUGCUUAUUCCAAUAAGACUGUAUUGAAAAAAUCUAUUUGGCAAUAAAUUGAAAUUAGAAAUAUAAAAUUUACGUUUUAGAGCUAAAGCUGCUUAAAUUUAAUAGAAUAAGCUAGAGCUUUAUUUAUAUUUAACAAUUUUUGCUAUAAUAUUUUUUGUAUUCAGAAAUUUUUUGUUGGAAGAAUUUCCUAAAAAAAUAUAUAUUUUUUUCAUAGACUUUUUUUCUUUAUAGUGGAGAAGUUAGUUAUGCUUCAGACACCAAGACCAAGGCCUUCUAUGCACCUUGCAACCCCUUCGAUGACUAGCCCUGAAAUAUUGCUUAAAAUGAACGAAGACUCCAAGUUGCAAGAAUCAUCUGAAUUAAAAUCCAAAUUUAUUGAAAUUAAGAGAACUGAAUCAAAAGUAAAAGACUUGCUAUCAGAAUUGACAACAGACUACCAUAAAGGCUUCAAUGAAUACUCCAAUGAAUUCUUAGAAACCAGAGCCCAAGCUCUGCUUUUAGAAUUAGGAAUCAAUCAGGCUUGAGAAUCCACCAUUAUUAAAAUUGUAAAGCAAAUUGUCAGCACUCUCUGUCCUUCCAUCAGAUACAGGCAAGAUGCUAUGAGUAUUGCCUCUUAUUUGAAAUUUGUUCUAGUAAAAUAUUCUGACGAUUCCUUAACGAAAUACAUAAAUGGAGUCAUUAUAAAGAAAAACACUGCAAAUAAAAGGAUGACCAAGGCUUUCGACAAGCCUAAACUUUUGAUACUCUCAGGAUCCGCUGACUUUGGCGGCUCAGAAAAAAAGUUAGUCGCAAUGCAUAAACUUGUAGAUCAGGAAGAAAAUUAUACAAAAAUCAUGGUAAAAAAAAUAAAAAGCAUGGGGCCGAAUAUAAUUUUGAUAGAAAAUAGUAUGCCGUUAAACGCUCUAAACGAGCUGAUAUCGUUAAAUAUCGCGACUUUUGUAAAAGUGAAGCUGAAAGAUUUGGAAUUGGUCGCUAGGUGCACAUUGGGGAAAGUUUUAAAUUCGCUUGACCAGAGCUCAAAUACAAGUAUUUAUUUAGGAGAUUGUGGGAAGUUUUUUGUGGAGGCCAUUGGAAAAGAAAAUUACGCUCAUUUUAUAGAUCCUGAGUACCCCACACUUGUGAGCACGAUUAUUUUGUCUGGGCCGAGCAUAGAAAUGCUGAAAAAAAUUAAAAUUGCAAUUAAAAGACUAUCCGUAGAGUACAGAAAUAUUAGAAUUGAAAGAAGUUUUCUGAUCCAAGGGUCAGUAAAUGUAGUUCCUCAUAUCUUCAUUAAUUUUUAUGCAACAAAUGCAGACUAUAAAAUGAUUUCUGUUUGCCAAAAUAAAAUUUGCCAUAAGACUAGAAAGCUGAAUUUAGAUUUCUAUGGGAAAAAUGAUAGAACCUUGGGUGAAUUUUUAUCAAAUGCUUCCAAAACAAUCGAUGAUUUGUGUGAAUAUGAAUGUGGGCAGCCUUUGAAAAAUCACGUGUUUUACUAUAUUAAAGGAGACAGAAGAGCAAAAUUGGUGAUUUCUAAAUCAAACUCGGGGAGUAAUGAUGAAAUCGUUAUGACAAGAGCAUGCAAGCAUUGUAAAAAAUUAGAUGAAUGCUCAGUUUUGUUGAGUAAGGCGACUUGGGAGUACUCUUUUCAUAAAUUUAUCUACAAUUUUUUCAUUAAAGUCGCUAUUUUUGGAAAUAGUCUAUCUUAUCUUACUCCCCUCCCCCCUUUAAAUUGGAACUAAAAAAUUUUGUUUCAAUUUAAAGGGGGGUUAAGAAAAUUUUUUUAAAAAAAAAAAUCAUUAUAAAAUGUUUUAUAAAAACAAAUUUAUAUAAAAUUUAAAAAAAUAAAUUUCAAAAAUUUAUCGAAUUAGAUUAAUAAAUUUGUUUUAAUAAAAUGCUAUUUACUCUUUAUCCUUUAAAACAAAGCAAGAUAUAACUAAAAUUUUAUUAUUAAUUAAUACGCCAAUAUUAAUUGGUAUCAAAACUAUUUACACAAAAAUUAUUAUUUUUUUUUGAUAUAAAAAAAAUAUUUUAGAAAAUUUAUUAAUCAAAGUGCUAAUUUUGUUUAAAUAAGAUGUUAUUUAUACUCUAUUCUUUAAAAUAAAGCAAGAGAUAAGUAAAUUUUGAAUUUUUGGAAAGAAUUCGUAUUAAUUUAUAUCAAAGCUAUUUAAAUAAAAAAUAUCAUUUUUAUCAAAACAAAUAAAAUUUUUUUGAAAAAUUUUUUUAAAAAAUUUACAAUUAAGGAUAAUAAAUUUAUUUGAAUAAGAUGCUCUUUAUACUCUAUUCUUUAAACAAGAGCAGUAUACAACUAAAUUUUUAAUUUUAGUUAAGAAGAAACAUUUAAAUUAUAUCGAAACUUUUUACAUAAAAAUUAUGAUUUAUAUAUAUAAAAUUUUUUAUUAUAAAAUUAAAUUUUGUUCCAAUUUAAAAGGGGGUUAAUUUACCAAAAAAGUGGAAAUUUUACCUAUAUUUUGUUCCAAUUUAAAGGGGGGGAGUUAGGUAAAUAAUGAAUAUUAAUAGAAAGUGUAAAAGUUAGUUCUAUUUAUCCAUAAAAGAGUAAGAUGUCACCAUGAUUUCUAUUCAUCAAGAUUUAUAUUUUAUCUGUCUGGAGCUCGCAUUUUUAUAGAAAGAGAAGAAAAUCCAAUUUAUGAGCUUGUUCCUCAAUUGACUAGCUUUGAGUAUGCCAGCCAAUCGUUAGAAAGCGACUUCAAUCAGCUUAAAUCAACCGUAAAAUCAGUUCUUGAUCAACUUGACCAUAUAGAUAGAGAUCUUACUCCCCCCCUCCGUGAGUGAACAAAAAAAUUUUGUUCAUUCACGGAAGGGGUUAAUUUUUUUUUUUAAAAAAAAUUUAUAUAUAAAUUUUAUAGAAAAUUUUUUUUUCGAAAUUUUAAAAAAAAUCCUAAUUUGCAUAAAUUGGGAAACAAAUAUUAAUUUAAUUUAUAAAAUUUAUAUUUUAAAAAGCAAUUCGUUUAAAAUUAAACAGAAUUAGCUCUAGAUUUCAUUGUACUAAUUAUCAAUUAUAUAUCAAAUUUUUUUUCAUAAAAAAUUAUUUCUAUUAAAAAAAUUUUUGUUCACACACGGAGGCAAAAAAUAGGAUUUUUCUAAUGGUUUUGUUCACUCACGGAGGGGAGGAGUUAGAGAAAAAAUCAAAAGAGAGGGCCAAGAAGAAGAAACUGAAUGGGACGUGCUACGUGAAAAGGCUAACAGCAUUAAAGAAGCAAUUGAUAAAACUACAAAUAAGCUCAUGAAAUCUCAGCUUUCAUCUUAUCCAAGUCAGCUUUGCCUUGAAAACUAUAAGCGAAGCUUAUUUUUUAAAUGUUGUGAUAUUAUGGAUUGAAAAUUUUUUUCUAGGAUUCCACUUUUUAAUAGUAUAAAAAUGCUUAUAAUACUGAAAUCCCAGAAUAAACAUAAAUUCAUAAGAAAAUUUCCAAUCUAUUAUAUAAAGGUCCAACUUGAAACUACUAUAAACAAUAUUCUACGCAUUAAACUGGGCUACAAACUAGCAGAACCAGAAACAAUCCGAAUUAGAGAAAUGGCAAUUGAUGCAAACCUCAGCCUAAAAACCCUAGAAGAGCCUACAUCAGUUUUUCUCUCAGCUGAGCCUUUUAGUGAAAAAGAUGCUUUCCUUGACAGCCCUUCAUUUAAAACCCUAAGAAACGGAGCAAUGACACUGCCAUUAGGACAAGGCGGACAAUGGAUAUCAGUAGAAGAAAAAGAUAGGCUCUCAAUUGUAGCUUAUACAUUGAACUCUAUCUCAUAUCAUCAGAGUAUCAUAAAUAAAGAAGCUCAAGAAGAUUUUAAUGAAUAUUUUGAAAAUGAAUUAUUGUCAACUCCAGACCCUCAUUUUGUAUUUGAGGUUUCCAACUAUGAAGAGGCAAAAAGGAAAGAGGACUUGAGGAUUUUGUAUGGAGAAAGGCUAACUAUAACAGUCACUGUUUAUUUUGCUAAAAAAUUUGAAGCGCUCAGGAAAGCUUGGUAUGGACUUGGUGAUGAAUUUUUACAGUCAAUUAUAAGAUCCGAAAGGCUCGACGACUUGCCAGGCAAGCGAAGGAGCUUUAUUUCGCAUGAUAAAAGGUUCAUAUUAAAAGUCUUGAGUGAGUCUGAAUUUGCUAUGUUCUUAGAGCUAGCCCCGAACUAUUUUAGACAUAUGUACAAGCAUUGUUUUAAAGGAAUGCCUUCAAGGCUCAUGAAAACGGUUGGGGGCUACAAAAUUAAAGUCACAAACCAUAGCACUGGGUGAACCAGAAACGAAUAUCUUAUAUUGAUGCAAUAUUUAAGGUAUCAAAUGCCUGAAGACUCAGAAAGUUAUGAUCUUAAAGGGGUAAGCAAAUAUUGCCAGGAAAUUAAUUAAAUUAAGAUUCUUAACGUCUUCCAGAUUUGAUGCUUCCGCAUGCUUCAAUUAGCACCACCCUGCUUGCCGGGUGGAAAUUCAGCCGCUAUUUAGAACAGUGAUCUUCUUAAGGAGCAGGGCUUGCACUCGAUCUCCAAGAUUCUCGAUGGGCUAGAAAGACGCUCUGUCAAUGCGCCAUCUGGUGCUAUGGAGGUAAAGGUUGCCCAGAUACCUCCUGUCAAUCGCCAUUGGGAGAUGUGACACCCAGGAAAAAAGAACUGCGUACCCUCCGAGUCGGAAAGGAAAGAAUCAGUGGCCCAAAAAAAUCCUGAUGACAAAUACUGGAAUGACUGCAGCAAGGCCACCCCCAUAUGGCAGCCAUACAGCUAUCUUAGGGUUAGAAUCAAAGGGCCUGGGCGUUGGCUUAGGCUAUAAUGCCGUUUUGGCGUCCACAGUAGUGCGUUUUCGGUAAGGAUAUAUUUUCUCGCCACCACCAUAGUAAUUAUUCCAGGAAAAAGGAAAGGUUGAUUUGAGCUUUUUAGAAGACUUUAGAGGGUUGCCUAUUUGUUUGAAUCAAGAAAUGAGCGAAGUUCUGAAUGCUGGGAUUUGGAAUGAUACUAUACUCUUAGCAAAACAAAACAUCAUUGAUUAUUCACUCUUAUUGGUGGUUUCGAAGUCAGAAAAGAAAGUGGCUGCUGCAAUUAUGGACUAUUUCCAGCUAUGUGAUUUAAAUAAAGCAAUCACAGGAAAUGCUUUGAAAGAAGACUCCAAUCCACCUUUGCUGCCACUUGCAUAUAAAGAAAGGUUUAGGCUUAUGAUCACCCAAGGCUAUUUUUGUUGUGCAGAAUAA